GCGGUGACGAUCUCUCGUGCACGUUAUUGUUUUUUUGAUUUAGCUGCGGACGCUUGUUCCUCUUCUUCACAUUCUUCCUCUUCUUCCUCUUCCUCUGCCUCCUCCUCGUCGUCAGACAUGUCUGUCACGGAGAUGUUCAGCUACAUCCAGGGCUUCCUGAGCGCGGACCAGGACGUCAGAGAGGAUAUCCGUAAGGUGGUUCAGACAUUGGAGCAGGCAGCUAGAGAGAUUCUGACAGUUCUCCAAAGUGUCCACCAGCCAUCUGGAUUCAAAGAAAUUCCCAGUAAAUGUACAAGGGCACGUGAGUUGUUCUGCACAGUCAGGACACAAAUCACAGACCUCAAAACAAAGUUUCCUGUGGAGCAGUAUUACAGGUUCCAUGAACACUGGAGGUUCGUGCUGCAGCGCUUGGCUUUCUUAGCUGCCUUUGUCGUCUACCUGGAGAGUGAAACUCUGGUGACUCGGGAGGAGGUGGCUAAGAUACUCGGCAUCGAGGUGGUGCGAGAGAAAGGGUUUCACCUGGAUGUAGAGGACUACCUGGCGGGUGUGUUGAUCAUGGCCAGUGAACUGUCACGACUGGCAGUGAACAGCGUCACAGCAGGAGAUUACACCCGGCCGCUCCGCAUCUCCAACUUCAUCAAUGAGCUGGACUCGGGCUUCCGCCUGCUCAACCUGAAGAACGACCCACUGAGGAAGCGCUAUGAUGGUCUGAAGUAUGACGUGAAGAAAAUCGAGGAGGUUGUGUACGACCUCUCCAUCCGCGGCCUGGCCAAGGAGUCUGAGUCUGGCGGGGACAAGUAGAGGUCAGAGGUGGCGAUCGGUUGUUGGAGACGGAGGAGGACGCAGUAGCUACCCCGGGCUGGAACCUCUCCAAGGCUCCUGCAGAUCAGUGACCAGAAUCGCAAGACCGGGGAUCUGCCUGAGGUCCCAGCAGCUGAUGACAGACUGCGUGUGUGUGUCUGUUUGUGUGAAUGCAUACAUGAGAGGUGCUGUGGAAGGAUGGCAGUCUGUCAGGAUGUUGCCAGAGGGGUUGACUUGAGUUUAAAUCCCCUGUUCAGAGGAUCAAAAUCAAAGGUUCGGUUCGUUGCAAGUUUUUGUAAAUCUGUGUUCUUAGCUUCAUCUGAUGCAUAUGUUACCGUUCCCCUGUGUCGCAUUUGCAACAGUCAACUUCUUUUUUUAUUGAAUUAUAGUAAAUUUAUGUUAAAUUAGUUGAAAAGCAAAAACAGAGGUCAGCGAAAGUGCCCCGGCAAUGCAGAGCAAAUUGUUCUGGUCGUUUAUUUGCAAAAAAGAAAACAUUUGUGUUGGGUCGUGUUUUGUAGGGCUCUGAACGAUUGACACCUAAACAGAUAUCCAGAAGCCUCAUUUUUGAAAAAUAUUUGAUUAAACUUUGACACGAUUCAAUCCAGAUACGAUAAUUAAAAAAAUAACAAACAUUUUUUGUAAAUAUUCUUGUAAUCUCUGUGUGUGUUUUCGAUCAUUAAUAGCACCUAACGUGAAUUCACAGGACUUUUGUAAAUGGAGAUCCAACCACAGAAACGACAAUGAUGCACGUCGCUUCACAAUAUAAAGCUACUCUGUAACCAGUUUUUUUUUUAUUAGCAAGAACCUUUUCAAAACAGGGCAGAUGAAAGCUUCUGUUGAGGCUGUUUAGUAUUUUGUUUUUUUGCGUGAUGAACCAAUACAAAAAUAUUCACUCAUAUCUUGUUUACCGUUGAAAAAAUGUCUGGAACAUUUGUCUCCGGCAUCCGUGUCAAAGCUUCUGUUUGCCUUUAGAUUGUAGUCGUAGUAGUAGAUGGAAUAAUUCUUGCUUACCCUCUUUACCCCGCAUCUUGUGUUUUUGUUCACUGGUGUAAUGAGUGUAUUCCACUUGUACUGUGUUUAUUUCCGUCUUUAAAUAAGGUGUCACUACAAUGCUUAAAAUGACUGUAAAUAUAUUUCUACAAUCUACA